AUGCCUUUCAACACAGCUUUGACGCGAAAGCUCGGUAUCCGAGUGCCCAUUGUGCAGGGUGGUAUGCAAUGGGUUGGCUACGCCGAGCUGGCCUCGGCCGUUAGCAACGCAGGCGGCCUCGGACUCCUCACUGCCCUCACCCAACCUACCCCCGAAGACCUCCGCAAAGAAAUCCGCAGAUGUCGCACCAUGACCUCGAAGCCGUUCGGCGUGAACCUGACCCUCCUCCCCGCCAUGGUUCCCCCCGACUACGGCGCCUACGCCCAAGUCAUCAUCGACGAGGGCAUCAAGAUCGUCGAGACCGCCGGUAACAACCCCGGACCCGUGAUCAAGCAGCUGAAGUCAGCCGGCAUCAUCAUCCUGCACAAGUGCACGACGAUCCGCCACGCCAAGUCCGCCGUCAAGCUCGGCGUCGACUUCCUCUCCAUUGACGGCUUCGAGUGUGCCGGUCACGUCGGCGAGCACGACAUCACCAACUUCAUCCUGCUGAGCCGUGCGCGCCAGGAACUCAACAUCCCCUUCAUUGCUUCCGGUGGAUUCGCUGAUGGUCAGGGUCUCGCUGCGGCGCUGGCGCUUGGCGCCGAGGGUAUCAAUAUGGGUACCCGGUUUAUGAGCACCGUUGAGGCUCCUAUUCACCAGAAGGUUAAGGAGGCUAUUGUCAAUGCUCAGGAGACUGAUACCGCGCUUGUGCUGCGUCGCUGGAAGAAUACUUCCCGUUUGUUCUCGAAUAAGGUUGCUCAGGAUGCCUUGAAGAUUGAGCGCGAGAGCACGACUGGCGAGUUUGCUGAAGUCGGUCCUUAUGUUAGCGGCAAGCGGGGUCGUCAGGUCUUUAUCAACGGUGACGUUGACUAUGGCGUGUGGACUGCCGGUCAGGUUAUCGGUCUGAUCCAAGACAUUCCUACUUGUGAGGUUCUGCUUAACCGGAUCGAGAAGGAGGCCGUGGAGGCUAUGGACCGGACUCGAUCUCUGUUUAGCGAUGCUCCUUCCAGCAAGCUUUAG